AUGUCGGGCAAGAACUCCAUGUCAUUGCCGCGGGACCUCGACCAUGGCGACGACAGUCCACCCAGCUCGUCUCAUACAGAGAAGGGCGAGAAUAUGGCCACCGAGAACGCGCCAUCGACACCAAAUAAGAAGUCAACAAUCCAAAUCACCAUUCUCAUACUGGCACUUUGCCUCUCUGUCUUUCUUGCAGCUUUAGAUAUCACCAUCAUCACUACCGCGUUGCCGACCAUCUCCGAAAAUUUCCAUUCCGGAGCUGGCUACACAUGGAUCGGAGCCGCCUACACUCUCGGCGAGGCAGCCUUCACUCCAAAUUGGGGUAAAUUCAGUGACAUCUGGGGUCGCAAGCCAAUCCUACAGGUUGCCAUGGCUACCUUCUUCUUAGGUAGCGUGCUGAGUGCAGCGAGCGUAAAUCUGGGUAUGUUGAUUGUCGGACGUGCCAUUCAGGGGGUGGGAGGAGGCGGACUAUUGACGCUUGUGAAUAUUGUCAUUGGCGAUCUCUUCUCUAUGCGAGAGCGUGGCAAGUAUUACGGCUUUGUUGGCUUGACCUGGGCCGUUGCUGCAUCGCUUGGUCCUGUCAUUGGCGGCGCGUUGACUGAAAAAGCAUCUUGGCGCUGGUGCUUCUAUAUCAACCUACCAAUCACUGGCGUCGUCUUCGUCGUCAUACAACUAUUCCUCAAGCUCGAGACGCCAAAGACACCGGUCUGGGCAGGUCUCAAAGCCGUGGAUUGGCUCGGUACAAUCACAAUCGUCGGCUCGACGGUCAUGCUGCUCUUGGGACUCGAAUUUGGCGGCAUCACAUACCCAUGGAAUUCAGCCAUUGUCAUCGAUCUCAUCGUAUUCGGUGUUGUGACAGCCAUUGUAUUCUUCCUAAUUGAGUGGAAAUUGGCUCGCUAUCCUCUCCUCCCACUGCGCCUAUUCGCUACACCCUCGAACGUCGCGAAUCUUCUCGCCUGCUUCAUCCAUGGUACGGUAUUCAUCAUGGGUACCUUCUACCUACCACUCUACUUCCAAGGCGUUCUCGGUGCCCCGGCUCUACUGUCAGGUGUAUGGCUUUUGCCCUUCGUUGGAGCCAUGUCCUUCGCCGCCACAUUUGCAGGGGCUAUCAUCGGUAUCACAGGCAGAUUCGUUGAACUCAUCUGGUUUGGCUUCAUCUUCCUUGUGCUUGGCUUUGGGCUCUUCAUCGAUCUUUCCUCCGCCAGAGAUUGGCCUAAGAUCAUCAUCUUCCAGAUUAUUGCAGGACUCGGAGUGGGACCAAACUUUCAAGCACCCUUAAUUGGACUUCAAAAUGGUGUCUCACCUCAGGACCUUGCUACCGCUACCUCGGCUUAUUCGUUCGCUCGCAACGUGGCUGGCUCGAUCGGAGUCGUCGUUGGCGGCGUCAUAUUCCAGAACGGCUUUCAGAAGAGGGCCGGUCUGCUUCGACAGGGCUUAGGAGCAAACGCGGGUUACUUUCUUGGCGGUGGUGCAAUUGCCUCUGUUGACAAGGUCAAGAAGCUGCCUGCGCUGCAAAGGGACUUGGUUCGGUCCGUCUACGAUCAGGCUAUCAGGGAGAUCUGGUACUUCGGCGUUGCAUUUGCGGCGGUUGGACUAGUGGUCAUACUGGGUUGUCGCAAGACUGUACUCAGUAAAGAGCACGUAGAAGUCUCAACGGGGCUGGAUGGAGAAGAACGACGACGACGCGAGAACAAAGCCGCUUCCAGAGAGAGGAAUGUGGCAGAGGUAAAGGAUUGA